UCACUACUCUGUGUGACGUACUGGUUGAGUGAACAAGUCCAACAUGAUUUUAUAAUAAUAUCGUCGUCGUUCACCCACUGAAAGAAAUAAAAGACAAACAAACAAAAAACCGUAUAAACUAGGGGUGUCACGGAAUUCCUAUUAGUGUGGUUGGAAUGUGUUCGGUUGCUGCAGUCAACGACUACAUCUGAGUGGCGAUAUUACACUCGGUAAAGGCAGUACCCAACUCUAAUCUAGGGGGGCAGUAAUGGUCUGUUUAAUGCCUUACUACCGUUGAAACAAAUAGAAAGAUAAAACGCACAACAUAGACACGUGGUUGUGAUUCAUGGGAGUUACACGGCCCCUUGCCCCCUUACACCGUUUCAAAUCUGGUGUGAGAGAAAGUUACGCCCUCCCCGUCAGCUAUGACAGCAUGGGGUGUGAGUUUUGGAUUGAACGAAAAUCCGGUAUCCUAACGGCGAUGUGUCAAACACAAAAAUAAAGCACGAGUUCAACAACGUCUCUCUGCUGUUUUUAAAAAUCCUCUUAGUGCGAAAGGAGAGCAGACAAACGUCAUAACUGGAACUAUUGGCAUAUACAGUAUAUAUUUCAACAGCAAUGCGCCCAUAUACCUUGGAGCAGCGGUUCCCAAACUCUUUUGGCUGCGCAUCUCUAUGCUGAAAUAACCAGAAAACACAUAUAUAGCCCGCGUUUGUUUAUUUAUUAGAAUAUUAGCUUUGGAUUAUAAAUUUUACAAAGAAAAUGUUUAUUUACACGUCUUUAUUCUGUGGAAAUAUAUGACACAUAAAAACACUCCAAAAACACCCAUCACAUUUUACACGCCAGCGGCUUGUUUUCAUUAAUAUGUAGUAAGUAAAUAGUUUACUUAUGAAAAUAUGCAGACAGUAAAAUGUUAACAUAACUGAUGAUAAAAGCUCAAUAUUGUACAGAUUAAUAAAUAUGACUUAAGAUUAGAAAGAAAGAGCGUACAUUUAACAUAUUCAUUAGCCUCAGUUAUCCUAAAGACUUUUCCCAAGCAGUUAUCAAAGAAGUUCAUCCUUGAUGGGUGUUUCUCUAUUUAUGGCUGGUUUACCCAAGUGAACACUGUGUAAGGCCAAGAAUGUUGCAUUAAUCAGAGACACGUUUAUACAAAGUGCACACUUCAGGUGCUCUUACUCCCCACAAACCCAGACAGAGUUGUACUGGGUGAAAAUGUCGUGUCGUAUUACUAUUAAAAGUGUUGCUUGCAGAGAAGUCGUACAAAUACGUUACCGUGCAACUACGCUAGGCAGCAAAAAAAAUGUUAGACAAUCCGAUCUUCUUUGUCUAUUCAGCCUACGACGUUAUCCGCACGUGUGCCUUAUCUUUUUAAAAAAUCGAUAGACUAAAAGUUAAUAAGUUAGUUAAUAAUGUCAGACAUUCACCGAGCUUAACUUUCGAGCGAAAAGCGAUUACUGCUCCCCGGGAAUUGGCAACUGUCGUCGUGUGUACUGUAUAAUCAGUGUGUGUGUGUGUGUACAUUGACGAUAAACGUGAUUCUUCUUCUAAAACAAACAAAUAAUAAUGUAUGAAAAGACUACUUCUACAACAGCAACACCGCCAACAGCUGUUACUACUACUAUUACAAAACAACAACUAAUUAAAAUAAAUAAAUAAUUAAUAAUAUAAUGAUGCGUCGUCCCUUCAGAAGAAGAAGUUCGUAUGCGCCACAUUCGUGGAACCUAACCGAAUUAAUGCUCCUUGGUCAGGACAAGAAGAUUAUCCGUGCGUGCACGCGCACAGUAAGAAGGGAGGGAGAGUGAGGCGUAAUCCAAGCCUGUGUGGAGGUAGGAGAAAAGGCAGCAGCAGUGGGAGGAGGAGGAGCGCACUUGUCCGUACCUGCACCGAAGGCUUCGAAAGUCUUAUCCAGUCUGGGGACUAUUAUUAAAGUCAUGUCUGAUCAGUGGACCUCGCCAGGCCUCCAGUGUUAAAACCAGGAAGACUGUGGUUCCCCACACGGACAGCUAUGGACGAUGAAUUUUUGAAACGCAGCUAAUCCCAAGAUUAUACUGGUGGAAAAAGGACAGAAGCUGAGAGAGAAGCAAGAUGGGGAUGGGUCUGAGCACCGUGCGAACGCUCAUCAGGAGAUAUUGUAUAGGUGAAGACAACUGGGUGGACACCAGGACCGUUUACAUUGGACACAAGGAGCCUCCCCCUGGCACCGAGGCCUUUAUACAACAACGAUUUCCUGACAACAGAAUAGUCUCCUCCAAGUACACAUUUUGGAACUUCAUCCCAAAGAAUAUGUUUGAGCAGUUCAGGAGAGUAGCCAACUUCUACUUUCUGAUCAUAUUCUUGGUCCAGUUGAUUAUCGACACGCCCACCAGUCCGGUCACCAGUGGACUGCCACUGUUUUUUGUCAUCAUAGUCACAGCCAUCAAACAAGGUUAUGAGGACUGGCUGAGACACAAAUCGGACAACGCCGUCAACCACUGUCCCGUCCACGUGGUGGAGAACGGGAACGUUGUGUGCAAACAAAGUUGCAAGCUCAGGGUCGGAGACAUUGUACUGGUGAAAGAAGACGAGUCUUUUCCAUGUGACCUCAUACUUCUGUCCUCAUCUCAACAUGACGGCACCUGCUUCGUCACUACAGCCAGUCUGGAUGGUGAGAGCAGCCACAAGACAUACCAUGCAGUCCAGGACACUAAAGCUUACAACAAUGAGAGGGAGGUGACCUCCAUCCAUGGCACCAUAGAAUGUGAACAGCCACAACCAGAUCUGUACAAAUUUGUGGGUCGGAUCAACAUAUAUAUGAACAAUGAGCCAGUGGCCAGGCCGCUGGGGUCAGAAAACCUGCUGCUGCGGGGGGCCACGCUGAAGAACACAAAGUACAUCUAUGCUGCUGCCAUUUACACCGGUAUGGAAACCAAGAUGGCUCUGAAUUACCAGGCCAAGUCCCAGAAACGAUCUGCAGUGGAAAAGUCAAUGAAUGCUUACCUGGUAGUCUACCUGUGCAUUCUCGUUAGCAAGUCCCUCAUUAACACCAUGCUAAAGUAUGUGUGGCAGGCGGACGCCAACAGGGAUGAGCCCUGGUACAACCAGAGAACAGAAGCAGAGAAACAUAGACACAUAGUGAUUAGGGCGUUCACAGACUUCUUGGCCUUCAUGGUUCUCUUCAACUACAUCAUCCCUGUCUCCAUGUAUGUCACUGUGGAAAUGCAAAAGUUUUUGGGCUCCUACUUCAUCAUUUGGGACCACGAGAUGUUAGAUGAGGAGACGGAAGAAAGAGCGGUGGUCAACACGUCCGACUUGAACGAGGAACUUGGACAAGUUGAGUACGUGUUUACAGACAAGACAGGAACACUGACCGAGAACAACAUGGAGUUCAUAGAGUGCUGUGUGGAUGGAUACGUGUAUGUGCCUCAUGCCAUUUGUAACGGCCAGCUGAUGCCUGAUGCAGUUGGUAUGGACAUGAUUGACACCUCACCAGGUCCUGACAGCAGAGAACGAGAGGAGCUCUUUUUCCGGGCCCUGUGUUUGUGCCACACAGUGCAAGUGAAGGAGGAGGAGACGGUGGACGGACUCAAACAUGGGAGUCAUCACGGGAAGUCUUCAUCCUUUUACAUCUCCUCGUCCCCUGACGAGGUGGCACUGGUGGAAGGAAUGAAAAGGCUUGGGUUCACGUACAUAAGACUGAAGGAGGGUCACAUGGAGAUAUCAAACAGAGAGGAUGAGAUCGAGAGGUUUGAGCUGCUAGAGGUUUUGACAUUUGAUUCAGUCAGACGGAGAAUGAGCGUCAUUGUCAAAACUAGCACAGGAGAGUUUUAUCUGUUCUGUAAGGGGGCAGACUCCUCCAUCUUUCCCAGGGUCAUCUCAGGAAAGGUGGAGCAGAUUCGAUCACGUGUGGAGCAGAACGCACUGGUGGGUCUAAGGACUCUUUGUGUGGCAUACAAACGUCUGAGCCCUGAACAGUACCAAGAGGUUUGCCAUCUGCUGAGUAAUGCAAAGUUGGCCCUGCAGGACCGCGACAAACGACUGGCAGAAGCGUACGACCUGAUAGAGAAGGACCUGAUUCUCCUGGGAGCCACUGCAGUGGAGGACAGACUUCAGGACAAAGCUGCAGACACUAUUGAGUCUCUGCACAAGGCUGGUAUUAAGGUUUGGGUCCUGACUGGAGACAAGAUGGAGACAGCAGCAGCGACCUGCUAUGCCAGCAAGCUUUUCCACCCCAACACCCAAAUCCUGGAGCUGACCACCAAACGGACGGAGGAGCAGAGUCUUCAUGAUGUCCUGUUUGAUCUGAGCAGAACCAUCCUCAGGCAGCAUGGAAACAUGACCAGGAACACUUUCUCGAGUUUGUCAGAUGACUGCACUGACUACGGUCUGAUCAUCGAUGGAGCCACCCUCUCUGCGGUGAUGCGACCCAGCCAGGAGGACUCAAACUCAGGAAACUACAGAGAGAUUUUCUUGGAUAUCUGCCGUAACUGCAGCGCUGUGCUCUGUUGUCGAAUGGCACCACUUCAAAAGGCACAGAUAGUGAAGUUGGUCAAAACAUCCAAGGAACAUCCGAUAACGUUGGCUAUUGGAGAUGGAGCUAAUGAUGUCAGCAUGAUUCUGGAAGCCCAUGUAGGCAUUGGUAUUAUGGGUAAAGAGGGACGUCAGGCUAUGAGGAACAGUGACUACGCAAUCCCAAAGUUCAAACACCUAAAGAAGCUGCUGCUUGUUCACGGUCACUAUUACUACAUCCGCAUCUCUGAACUGGUGCAGUACUUUUUUUACAAGAAUGUCUGUUUCAUCUUCCCUCAGUUCCUGUAUCAGUUCUUCUGUGGAUUUUCACAACAGCCUCUCUAUGAUACAGCCUACCUGACUCUGUACAACAUCAGCUUCACCUCGCUGCCCAUUCUGAUCUACAGUCUCAUUGAGCAGCACGUUAAUGUGGACGUCCUGAAGAAGGACCCUUUCCUGUACAGAGAUAUCGCAAAGAACUCUCUUCUGCGCUGGUCAACCUUCAUCUACUGGACCCUCCUCGGCAUCUACGAGGCUUUCAUCAUGUUCUUCGGUGUUUACUUCCUGUUUGACAACACCGCCUUCACAAGCAAUGGACAAAUGUUUGGGAACUGGACGUUUGGGACGUUGGUCUUCACAGUGUUGGUCUUUACAGUUACAUUUAAGUUGGCUCUAGAUACUCACUACUGGACAUGGAUCAACCACUUCGUCAUCUGGGGCUCAUUAAUCUUCUUUGUGGUUUUCUCUCUGCUGUCGGGAGGAAUCAUCUGGCCCUUUCUCAACUACCAGAGGAUGUACUAUGUGUUCAUCCAAGUCUUGUCCAGUGGUCCAGCCUGGCUGAGUAUAAUUCUGUUGAUAACAGCCAGUUUGUUGCCGGAUGUGCUGAAGAAGGUCAUGUGGAGGGCACUGUGGCCCACAACUACAGAGUACAUACAGUUUCCUGCAUCGGCAUUCUCAGCCUCAUCAACCCACUCAUCCACCACAGCCGUUCCUCAGCCUUUCAAUAAACAUCUGCAUCUUUAUAAACAAAGUAACAUUAAUGAACAAGUGAUAUAUGACUAUGUGGUUUUUAUUCUUUGUAUUGAAAGUACUCUGUGUGUUAACGACCAGGUGGACUUUGUUUGUGAGAUGUUAGUCCAUCUUUUAAUUAUAAUAUGAAAUGUCCAACAUUGAUUUGUUGUCCAGAACUCUGUAUUAUAUCUUAUGUCAAAAGAGUCUCUUACAGUCCCCUUAGUUUGAAUUAAAUCAGUGUUUUCUCAUAUAUCAUUUUAUUUUGAAGUGUGAGGAAAUAAUGCACAUAUGACAUCAAGAACGUUUACUUCUAGAACAUAAACAUGAGCUUUUCAGAAUCAAACCAUAUCCCUUAAAAAAAGUACGGUACUGGAAAUAUUGUUCAGGGGAACGUUGUUAAUAUUUUGGUAUGUUUUUUGUCUUCUAUCUGUGAGUAAACACUUGUUUUGGCAGAUAUGUAUAUAAUAUGUAAUUAAUUUACAAUAACACUGCCAGUAUUUUAUAUUAUAUCUUUACAGAAUUAUUUCCUUCUUAUCUGACAAAGAAUCUGUGUCCACACAUUCUUGUUGGUUGUCACGUGGUACUGUCAAGUAUGUACGGUCUAUUUAAGACCUUCUCUGUGUAUGCUACGUACGGAUAGUGUUGUAAUGUUGUCGAAGUUGACUUCGUGAUAAGACUGACUUUUGGAUGUGAACGUCGAACCAUUUUCUGAAACCAAAGCCCAUUUUGUUAUAUUUAGUCUGUAAAAUUUAUCCUGUUAAACGACGCCAUCUUGUGGAAAACUGUCUGCACAUACACAGUAAAGUCUGUUGCCAGAAACCUGGGUGUUUCACAUUUUGUAAUUUUAGUUACCUAAAAUUUGACCAAGGCUGUGUUUUAAAGGUGCAGAAUUUAAGAUAUUGAGUAAUAUCCCGGAAGUAGUGCAACAGUCGUGUACACAACAACUUGUUUUAUUUACCAUUGGUGAAAGGUCAAACUAAGGUUACACCAUCUGGACACAUUUCCCUGCUUUAAGACUCUUCACUCUGGCUUUAUGAAUGUAUUAGAAUUUACUUAAUCACACUGAACAGGAUGGCUCAAAAAUAUAUGUUAUAGUAUACUUUGAACACCAUUAAACCCGCCUGCUCACAGAUCAGUUGUCAUCCUUGUCUCUGUCUCUGCAGAGGUCAAAGGGCAUUUAACUGAGGUCAAACCCC